AUGUUCGUCCCUUAUGAUGGCCAGUCUAAACGCUUCGAUACCACUGUUGCUUUCUCCGCCCAGAGAAGGUACACUUCACAGAAAAUACACAAAGCCAAACGCGACAAAGCCGUCAGGCUAAAGGAGCUUCUCGAUAGCCAGAAUAACGCCACAGCUACGUCGUCGACAUCAGUCUCGUCGGCGGCAUCAACGGGUGAUGCCCAACAUGCAUCAUCUCCAUCCGAAUCGCAUGGUACACAAUCAGUAGAUGAUGAUGAUGACCGAACGAUGACGAUUGUCACCAGUCCAGGUGCCCGCGCUCUUGCUGCCGAUCCAAGUCACUCGUCCAGUUCGUUGACAUUACGGCAACACCGAGCUUCGAUCCAUCAGUCUGCAAAGGACAAAUCUCAGCCGUCACCACCGAAUAUGCCUUUCAGUGAUAUGAUAUUUGGAGGACUUCGAGUCGACCCAUUCUCGACAUAUCCCAUCCAAGCGCAAAGCUACUUUCCGGCCGUCGUCGAUUUUUGCAAAGAAGUCGUCUCCCUGGGCCCAGGUUAUUUCCAAUUUGUGUUCAACAACGAAGUCCUCUUCGAAGCAGUCGUCACCUACAUUCUUUGCGUCAUGCCGCAUCAGUCACGCGAAACCAAAAUGGCCAUGAUGCAUCACUAUGGAUCGACCUUGUCCAAAAUCGCCCAAAGCCUUUCAUCUAAUCAAGCAAGUUCCCGGGAUGAUGUGAUUCUGGCGAUUUGCAACUUGGCCGUAAUAGCAGCAUACUCCGGAGAUGACAAACGCUUCGAGACUCACUUGAGAGGUAUCCAUCGUUUAGUCGAAAUGCGGGGCGGUGUUGAAGGUCUGGAAAAACAGGAUGGAUGGGUCAAGACUGCCCUAACAGCUGUUGAGGCUUUGGCAACGGUUCAUUCGAAGAAAACAAUCCAAGCAGCAAUUCCACAUAGUCCGAGUCUGGCUCCCACACCACCCGAAACUCCAAAGAAUGGAGGAGUGCCGGUCUAUCCGAGUCAUCCAUUCCCACCUGAUAUAUGUACCGUCGUCGCCGAUAUGCCUCAAGGAUUUCGCGAACUCGCACUCACGGGUCAUCUGUCGAUCCAACUAAUGAACCGUUUGAACAUCACCCGCAGCCAGAUUGUCCAUCUCAUGGCCACAGCCACCAAUAGCGAUGUCGAUCAGGAGUGGCAAGACCUCCUGAGGGCUUCGACGCCGAUCGAGCGAAUGGCCUGGCUCACAGUUCUGGUAUAUCACCUGCGAAGCUCGACAUUCACAACAAAUUGUCGUGAGCUAGCGGACAUUGUGCUUGAAUGUGGAAGAAAUGGGACAAAGUCUCAAGCAGAGUCUGAAUGGCUCUUAUGGGGUGCAUGCCUCAUGAUUGCAAGUCCAGAUGCCGAGAAACAACUGGUCAGAGAACGCGAAAAAGUAGUGCGAUUUAUCCUAAGCGGAUAUGCUGAUUUCACAUUUGAGCAUAUGGACAACAUCGCAAAACGCUUCUUGUGGAGUGAGGGUCUCAGCGCUAGUCUGCGCACUAACAUUGCGCACCGUCUACCAGGAAAGUGA